AGGAAAGCCCACCAUGUGAGAUUCUGUCUGGUGACAUCAUCCAGUUUGGUGUAGAUGUGACAGAGAACACGCGGAAAGUUACCCAUGGAUGUAUAGUCUCCACAAUAAAACUAUUUCUCCCAGAUGGUAUGGAAGCCCGGUUACGGUCAGAUGUCAUCCAUGCUCCAUUACCAAGUCCUGUUGACAAGGUUGCUGCUAACACUCCCAGUAUGUACUCUCAGGAACUGUUUCAGCUUUCUCAGUAUCUACAGGAGGCCUUACAUCGGGAACAAAUGUUGGAACAGAAGUUGGCUACCCUUCAGCGACUGCUUGCUGUCACACAGGAGGCUUCAGAUACUAGUUGGCAGGCUUUAAUAGAUGAAGACAGACUACUAUCAAGGUUAGAAGUCAUGGGAAACCAAUUACAAGCCUGUUCAAAAAAUCAAACAGAAGAUAGUAUACGAAAGGAACUUGUAGCAUUACAGGAAGACAAACACAACUAUGAGACAACAGCCAAAGAGUCCCUGAGGCGGGUCCUUCAGGAGAAAAUUGAGGUGGUCAGAAAACUCUCUGAAGUGGAGCGAAGUUUAAGUAACACCGAAGAUGAAUGUACUCACCUGAAAGAAAUGAAUGAGCGGACUCAGGAAGAAUUAAGAGAAUUAGCAAACAAGUACAAUGGAGCUGUAAAUGAAAUUAAAGACCUCUCUGACAAACUAAAGGUGGCAGAAGGAAGACAAGAGGAAAUCCAACAGAAGGGACAGGCAGAAAAAAAGGAAUUGCAACAUAAAAUAAAUGAAAUGGAAGAGCGAGAACAAGAGCUUCAGGCAAAAAUAGAAGCUUUGCAAGCAGAUAAUGAUUUCACCAAUGAACGGCUAACUGCUUUACAAGGCAUACAAGUUGAUGACUUCAUACCUAAAAUUAAUGGGAGCGCAGAAAAAGAGCACUUUCUUUCAAAGAGUGGAGGGGACUGCACUUUUAUUCAUCAGUUCAUAGAGUGCCAGAACAAGUUCAUAGACGAAGGACAUCUAACCAAAGUGGAAGAAACAAAACUUUUGAGAGAAAACCAAGCAAGAGCAAAAGAAUCUGAUUUGUCAGAUACUCUUAGUCCAAGCAAGGAGAAAAGCAGUGACGACACUACAGAUGCCCAAAUGGAUGAACAAGAGCUAAAUGAGCCUAUUGCUAAAGUAUCUCUUUUAAAAGAUGAAUUGCAGGGUGCACAAUCAGAAACAGAGACUAAACAAGAAAUUCAGCAUCUGCACAAGGAGCUGAUUGAAGCCCAAGAGCUAGCUAGAACAAGUAAACAAAAAUGCUUUGAACUUCAAGCACUACUGGAAGAAGAGAGAAAAGCAUACCGGCUGCAGGUUGAGGAGUCCACCAAGCAAAUACAGUUUCUGCAAGCCCAGCUGCAUAGGUUGCAGGAAGAUAUUGAGAAUCUUCGUGAGGAAAAGGAGAAUGAAAUUUCAAGCACUCGAGAUGAAUUGCUAAGUGCUCAAGAUGAGAUUCUGCUACUUCAACAAGGGGCAGAAAAAGCUGCAUCAGAACGAGACACUGAUAUUGCUGCUUUGCAAGAAGAGCUGCAGGAGGUGCGGGCUGAACUUGAACGCUGGCGAAAAGAAGCCUCAGAAUACGAAAAAGAAAUUGUCAAUCUUCAAGCCAGUUUCCAGCUGCGAUGUCAGCAGUGUGAGGAUCAGCAGAGAGAGGAAGCUACUCGUUUACAAGGUGAACUUGAAAAGUUGAGAAAGGAGUGGAGUGAUCUAGAAGCUGAAUGCCUCUCCUUAAAGAAUGAGAAUACUUUGCUUGCAUCUGAACUUCAGCGACAAGAGAAGGAGCUUCAUAGUUCUCAGAAACAGAGUUUAGCGCUAACCAGUGAUCUAAGUGUUCUUGAAAUGACCCGAAAGCAACUUGAAAAUCAAAUGGGAUCUUUGAAGGAACAACAUCAACGCGAUGCAGCUAGUCUAAAAACUCUACUCAGUGAAGCUGAGAAUCAAGCAAAGGAUGUUCAGAAAGAGUAUGAAAAGACACAAACUGUACUCUCAGAGCUGAAGUUGAAGUUUGAGAUGACUGAGCAGGAAAAGCAAUCAAUCACAGAUGAGCUCAAACAAUGUAAAGACAACCUGAAGCUGCUACAAGAAAAAGGAAACAAUAGACAAUGGCCUUGGAUGCCUCUGAUGGCAGCUUUGGUUGCUGUAACAGCUGUGGUGCUGUACCCAGGCCUAACCAGAGCUUCUCCAUGAGAACUGUUGUUGAAUCCAUUCACCGUCCUCCCUUUAGAAGCUGGCAUCAUUCACAUACUGGGAAAAAACAGAUUAAUUCUCUUCCUUUUUACCUCUUAAUACAACAAAGCUCUGCGCGAGAACAGUAGUAGGGUCAUUGCUUUAAACUGUAUAAAAUGUAUCUGUCUAUAAAGAGGGAAUAAAAUUAUGACUUCAUUCUACUGUGAGCAAUAUUUUUGCUUACAAUUUCAUGUAAUUUUUAAAUUAGUAUGUUGGGAUUCUAAAUACUAUUAUGGUGGCCUAAAGUAGGCUUCUUGGUACCAAAUUAUUUAUAAUGGGUAGGUUUGUGGAUAUUUUACUUUAGAAUCUGAUUGCCAGAUUUAAAAGAAAAACACAUUUCUGAUUUGGAUACCCAUGCCAAAUAACUUUACAGAUACUUGGAAACAGAGGCAGUAUGCUCAGUGCCUUUCAGUUUGAAAUAUUUGUUUACAUUAAUGUACCAUUUUUACUUUCUGCAAGUCACUGAGCUAGUGGGAACAAGACUUAAAAUAACUUCUCUUUCCAGGCCUUUUGAAGGAAACAAAUAUUUUGCUUCAGUAAAGAUUCUGUUUUAUUAAUAAUUUUGGGAAUAAAUACAAUUCAUUUCCAGCCUUAAAGAGAGAGAGAAGACAUUGGAUGGCAAACACCUGCCUAGGAUAUUUUGUGUGCGCGUGUGGGAAUGUGUGCUUGUGUGUGUUCUUGAGUGAACUAAGGUAUUUCUGGGAGCAAAAUCUUGGUCAUUUGAUGGACAUAGUGCAGUGAUCCAAUUUAUAUUACCUUUAUUUCGAAUGUAAUUUAUUAAAUUUCAUAUAUUUAAAGAGACACAUUCUUUAAAAUCUGAAUAUUUUCACACAGAUCACAUUUUAGCAACUUAUUUUUUCAGUCAUUUAAUACUUUCAAAACUGAACUGGAGAAAUAUUUGUCUAUUUAGGUAAGUUUUUAAUGAAAACUUCAAUAUGGGAGGUGCUACAAUGCAUCUAUGGGUAACUUGGAUUUUUUCAGAUAGGCAAGCUAUUGCCAAGUUAGUCAUCUAACUGGUCAUGUAUGCAUCAAGUUAAUAAGCUGAGAGUGUUUACUUUUGGUAAUUAGAAACUUUUGCAUCAACAUUACAUGACACAAUAUGCAUAAUAUACCUUCAUACAUUAUUGACUUUUUGAUUGGGUAACCACUGUAGUUAAACAAUGAAUUAAGUGUUGGCUAUAGUUGUCUUGUGCAACUCAACAGUUCAGUUAAAAAAGUUGUAUUAAGGUCCUAUAUAAUAUACUAAAGGAUUGCAAAGUAAAAUGAAUUAAUCUAAUGGAAAUUUAAGAAUAGGAAGAUAAUCUCAGCGAAGAUUUAAUUGGCUUUAAAAUAUUUAAUGGCAAUCAACAGCUAUAGUUGAAUAUUUAAAUAGAAGUUUAGCAUAUAAUUUGCCUUGUGAGGUUUUGAGGGUCAUUGUCCUUUAAUUAAAGGUUCUAUCUUAAAAUACUUGGAAAUUGCUAAUGGGAGGAUUUUAGAUUUAUGGAAGAAUAAAUCCACAAGUGACUUUUAGACUAUAAUAUUGGGUCACCUAGUUAGCAUUUCAUCUUUUUCAGUUGCAGGAAGCCACCCAAUCACAAAACACUCAUAUGCCAGUGGUACUCGGUACCUCUUGUAUAUAGAUUAUUGCAAAUAUUGUUCUGAAAUGCUUUACUUCAGAAUUACAUUUUUUAAAGUAAAUAAUUGUUUUAAAUCUAUUUUGUAAAGGUAUAAUAAGUACAAUAGAAUUUCUCGAGUACAGAUUAAACUAUUUGCACUAACACACGUGAUGUGCAUGAUUUAAUAAAAUAACUUUACGUA